ACAUGGUGCGAUUUCGGUCUCCAGAAAAAAAAAAAAAACAUCAGCUUCGUUCCUUACCAAAAUGUUGGCUAAUGACUGAUAAGACGUUCAGUUGCGUGGAGUUAAUAGCAAACAUCUAAACACAUAUCUUCCUUUUUAAAAUCUUUGGCAUCUUUGCCGCCUGAGGAGAACAGCAACAGUGAUUGAGGAAAAACGAGAAUUGUUCAAAAUAUCGCGAGACUUUUGUCCAGCUGCCUGACGAGAGGGCCUAGCUUGUAAAUUAAUUUACGUUUUGUAGUCGGCUCACCGGUUAAUAACUGUGCAUUUUAAGCGACUGCUCGGUCCCAUUAGCUGAACAUGGACUCCAAAUGUUUGGCUAUGGGCUGCUUUCGGACUGAAGCGGGGAGGGAUAACAUGGAAGGACGAGCAUAAUGAACAGAUACACCACCAUCAGACAGCUCGGGGAUGGCACCUACGGCUCGGUCAUCCUCGGCCGCAGUCUGGAGUCGGGAGAGCUCGUGGCUAUAAAAAGAAUGAAACGCAAGUUCUACUCCUGGGAAGAGUGCAUGAACCUCCGAGAAGUCAAGUCGCUAAAGAAACUCAACCACGCAAACGUGAUCAAACUUAAGGAGGUGAUUCGAGAAAAUGAUCACUUGUACUUCAUAUUUGAGUACAUGAAGGAAAAUUUGUAUCAGCUAAUGAAAGAUAGGACACGUUUGUUUCCCGAAUCGGCUGUCAGAAACAUCAUGUUUCAGAUACUGCAGGGACUUGCGUUCAUUCACAAACACGGGUUUUUCCACAGGGACAUGAAACCAGAGAACCUUCUGUGUAUGGGUCCAGAGCUGGUGAAAAUAGCUGACUUUGGGCUUGCCCGAGAGACCCGAUCUCGACCACCGUACACAGAUUACGUCUCAACCAGAUGGUACAGAGCUCCAGAGGUGCUGCUCAGGUCUACGUCCUACAGUUCGCCCAUAGACCAGUGGGCUGUCGGCUGCAUCAUGGCGGAGCUAUACACCCUCAGGCCUCUUUUCCCAGGAUCCAGUGAAGUAGACACCAUAUUCAAGAUUUGCCAAGUCUUGGGUACACCAAAGAAGACUGAUUGGCCAGAGGGAUACCAGCUAGCGAGUGCCAUGAAUUUCCGUUGGCCUCAGUGUGUUCCCAAUAAUCUGAAGACACUGAUCCCAAAUGCUAGUCCUGAAGCCAUCCACCUGAUGAUAGACCUGCUUCAGUGGGAUCCCAGGAAGAGACCGGCCUCUGCUCAGGCUCUCAGGAAUCCGUACUUCCACGUGGGCCAGGCUUUGGGCACCCCUCAGCAGAUCCUGGAGCAGGGCAGACCUCAUCCGGGCCUUGUGCAUCUGCAGACUCCUUUACCGUCACAACAAACUCUGCUGCUGAAGCCGAUGCCCCCAUCCCAGCCUCCACCUUCUAACCAUCACUGCCCGUCGUCCAGGCCUCUCCAGCAGAUCCAGCCCUCCCCUGCACCAGCAGCUGCCCAGGCGGCGGCGGCGGCGGCGGCGUACCAGCGGCACACAGAGCUGGUGCGAGAGCAGCAUCAGCCGAAUCACAUCCAGGAUCAGACGGAGCCGAUCCCACAGAGCCACCUCCCUUACAUCGUGGACAAGAAUCUGCAGAGCAAGCGAACCCAGCAGGAGUCGGACAACGCAAACCUGCUUAAUUAUACGAAACCUAAAGGAGGCGGGCGGCGGCGCUGGGGACACGGAAACGGACAUCUCAAAGGAGCAGACUGGGAUAAUUAUGAAGAGACCGAUCUGUCCUCGAUGAGUAUUCUUAAAAAGAAUAGCUUUUCUGAGAAGUCGAGGCAGGGAGAGGAUGCUUUGAGCAGGUUUGGAGAUGUUCUGGAUUUCAGUCGGCCCAAUGGGAAGGAAGACGCACCUUUAAAUCUGAACAAAACUGCAGCCUAUCAAGAGCCGUCAAGAACUGCCUCCGCCAAACAGCAUUACCUGAGGCAGUCCAGAUACUUGCCUGGCAUUAGUACCAAGAAGAAUGUGGCCAUAAAUGCCAGUCAAGACUACAUAGGAAGGCAUCUUUGGGGCGGCAGCAGCAUUCCGUUUGGAGGGACUCUGCCGAGCAGAGGAGCUCACGGCACAAACACAAUCCCAGGUGGAUACAUGCCAUCAGUUUACAAGAAGGACAGCAGCUCUGCUGGUCUCAGAGGGCAUCAGGGUGUUUCAGUAGAAACGGCAUCAAAUUAUGCAACUUGGCGGUCUGGUCGGAGCCAAAUGAACCCCUCGGCCAACGUGCCAACAGGCAACAAGAGCACAUCCAGUCUGCUGCCUCGCCCGCCAUUACAGACCAUUCAUGGGCGCCCAGACUGGACUGCCAAAUAUGGACACCGUUAGUGGCCUGCCUCCAGCUCUGAUUGGUUCUCUGAGAACUCUUUCACUUCCAAAGAGUAGGCCUAGUUGUUUUACAAUCUGUAAUCUGUAAAUAAACCUUACACGGCAGCAAUAAAUUUUGUUUUAUUUUGUGUACUUUGGAUGCCAUGAGUUGUAAAAUAUUAACAGUUUGUACAUGCCAGAAUUCAAGCAAAGCCCUUUUUUUUCAGUAAUAUAACUACCGUCAGUGGAGAGGUCACACUUCAYUUUUGUAUUUGAAUGUUGUUUACUCUAUAUAUACAAUAAUAUGCAUAUACUGUARCAUUAUGAAACCUGCACUGUGAUUCAUUUUUGACUGAUUACUUGUUUUUUACUUUGUUCUGUUAUUUUUAAAGAGAGUUGGUUUGUUUUCUAUGCUUUCAUGUGAGCAAGGCUUUAAUUUAUAACUUGACAAAUUGCAGGUGCUUGCCAUAUUGUACUGCUCUUUUUUCAGUUUCUGCAUUUAAAAUGAAAUAAUUCGGUUCAGUUUUGCCAAACUGAAUAAUCGCUGCAAGUGAAAGUAUACCUUUGCAUGAUUUAUGCAUAAAAAUAACUGUUUAAAACAUUGAA